AUGUCGAAAAAAGACGACGUGUCCACAGACGUUCUGUAUCAGUGUCUCGAUGCGCUCUUCACGCGACCCAAGGAGACAAUCCUGAAGCCGAAGCAGAUUGAAGGUGGUCGAUUCUAUCAGUUCCAAGUGUCCGAUCAGUUUGUGUCGAAGAAGUACCAAAAGUACGGCAGUGCAUUUCUCGAGCACUGCAACAAACCCGUGAGCAAUGGACUGGUGAUCAAGAUUGACGACUGCAAGAGCAUUCCAGACCUCAGAUUCGCCGAUGACCUCAAACACGAUGAGUUGUUCUCCAUCUACAUUCCACUGCAUCAGAAAAUUGCCACGCAACUCCUUGAGAUCUUCAUGAAUUGUCCAACAAUUGAUCAAUUCAUUUCAACAAUCGUUUACUGCCGAGAGCGCGUGAAUCCGUAUCUCUUCAACUGGGUUCUCACCGUCACUGUGCUCAAUCACUCCCACACGACGGACUACUGUUUGCCAGUUGUGCCCGAAAUCUUCCCCGAGAAGUUCUUCGACGGCAAGAUCUACCAGCAAGCCGAGCAGGCUCUGAGGCUGAUCCCCAUUGAAGAUCGCACACCAGUAGAAAUCCCGCAGAACUUCACUGCCACACUCUUCGAUCAUGAGCAGCGCUGCGCUUACUUCCGCGAAGAUAUCGGUCUGAGCUUCUACUACCUCAUCUACAGCUACGCCUAUCCAUUCUGCGGAACUCCAGAUGUGGUGAAGAAGGAGCGCCGAGGAGAAAUCUUCUAUCAUGUUCACCGACAAAUCCUGGCGAGGUACAACUUUGAGCGCUUCUGCAACGGACUCCAUCGUACAAAUAGGCUCAGCAACUUUGAGAAACCCAUCGAGGAACCCUACUUCCCGAAGCUCAACACAACAGUCGCGAACCACAACUAUCCACCGCGCUAUCCGGAUUCCCAUCUCGAUGAUCUCGCACGCGCAAGGGAAAGUCUCGUCUUUGACAAAUCCGCUCUCAGUCGAUGGCGCGAUCGAAUCCUUGAAGCUUGCGAUCAAGGCGUCGCUCUGUGCGGCGAUAAGAACACUGUCAAUUUGAAUGAUGAUUCCGGUAUUAAUACUCUGGGAAACAUGAUUCAGUCCUCGCUUGAAUCUCCCAACCUCGAAUACUACGGCGACUUGGCCAACACGGGCCAACUGGUCGUUGGCUACUGCCACGAUCCUGACGGACGCAAUCUGGAGGGCUUCGGCGUGAUCAGCGACCCUGCGACAUGUCUUCGAGACCCCGUUUUCUAUCGCUGGUACUCUCUCAUCGUGGACAUGUGCGACCAUCACAAGAAGUAUCUGCCGCACUACACCAAAGACGAACUGGGCUUCCCCGGCAUCAAGAUCAGCCACGUGGAGACGUUCAUCCUCACGAAGCAGGGAUCUCCCGUGAAGAACGAGUUGCUGACUUACUGGGAGAAGAAUGACAUUAACAUUUCCAAAGGACUGGAUUUCUCACCAACCGAACCGAUUUUCGCGCGCAUAACUCAUUUGCAGCACCAGAAAUUCAGCUACAAAAUUGUGGUGGAGAACAGUGGAUCUCAGUGUGAAGCAUCUGUGCGAAUCUUCUUGGCCCCGAAGAAAGAUGAGAACAAGCUUCCCUUCACCUUCAAUGACCAGAGGAAUUUCUUCAUCGAAAUGGAUUACUUCAACACAACUCUCCAAUCCGGAUCCAAUACCAUCGUCAGACGGUCUUGGGACUCGAGUAUCCUGGACUGGAUGAAGUUCACGGUCAGCAAUAAUUUCCGACAGAAGCAGAGUGAGAAGCCCAACAAUUACACAGGCUUGGGAUGGCCACUGAAUCUGCUCGUGCCGAAGGGAAAGAGUGGUGGAUUCGAGUGUGAACUCUUCGUGAUGGUGGGAAAGGACUUGAUUAAGCCUCACGGCAGUGAGAGGAGUUUGGGCUUCCCAUUCGAUCGACCUGCGCCAUCGAGAGUUCACUCACUCAGUGACUUCCUCUGCGAGAACAUGUUCGUUCAGCCAGUCAGACUCUACUUCCUGAAUCAGACCCUGGACAAGACGGAAGGCACGGCGCAGCCUUUUGUCAAUUGA